GUUAUCAAUUUGCCAUCGGCAUUUUCACACCCCGGAUAAAUAUAAAUUUAUCAGACUCGCGCUACAAUAUUUCUACCGCAACUGCUGGCGUUCGGUAUUAAGUAAUAAAUCUAUCUCUGCCGCGAUAAAUUAACUCAAAUUGUACCGCGCACUCCGCAGUCAAUUAAUUUACCAAAAAUGUUUUGUGUCGGCCUCGGUACACGUAUACCGAAAUAUCGCGUAUACAUUUUUUUUUUUGCCUAAUGCGUGCGCGUUAUAUGUUUUCGAAUGAAAUUUUAAGCAUGUGACCCUCGAUGUUCCUUUAUUCAUAAUCUUUAUUAGUAAUAUUAGAUAUAGACUGGAAAGUAUUAAUAUUGUAGGAUAAUUAACCGCCCAGCAAAUAAUAACAAUCGCUGAGAGGUCUCCCGCAUUUGAUUUGCAUUUUAUUCAGUCCAUAUUUGAUACAUUGUUCUCAAAAUGACGCUCGACGCUUUGUCAUUAAAAUACAUUCAGAUAUUUUUCGUUGUCAUUAUUUAUUGGAUAAUUUCCAUUUUAACAGUAUUUGUGAACAAGACUUUAUUGAGUGUUGACCAGUUGGAUGUGGAUGCUCCUAUAUUUAUUGUAUGGUUUCAAUGUUUAGUUUCAGCCAUAAUCUGUUUUUCCUUGAGUCGUUUGUCCAAGAUGUUUCCAAAUGCUAUACAGUUUCCUAGUGGAAAUCCUUUCCACACAUUUACUAUUAAAAAAGUGUUGCCGUUAUCAGUAUUAUAUAUAUUAAUGAUAUCUACAAAUAACUAUUGUUUAAAAUUUGUUGAUGUUACAUUUUAUUAUGUUGGACGAUCACUCACUACAGUAUUCAAUGUUAUACUUUCUUACAUAAUAUUAGGGCAAACUACUUCAACUAGCUGUCUUCUUUGUUGCAUGGCUGUAGUUUGUGGAUUUUUUUUGGGUGUAGAUCAAGAAAAUAUAUUAGGUUCAUUUUCUUUGAUUGGAACAUUAUUUGGCGUCUUCAGUUCAUUUUCUUUAGCUUAUUAUUCAAUACAAAUAAAAAAAGUUUUGCCUGAAGUAAAUAAUCAAAUUUGGUUACUUUCAUACUUCAAUAAUGUAUAUGCUACAAUUUUAUUUAUACCCCUUUUAACACUUGAGGCCAAAGAAUUAAGCAAUUAUAAUAAACUGCUUGAAUAUAAAUUUAUAUUACUUAUGAUACUUGGUGGUAUCUGUGGAUUAUCAAUUGGUUAUGUAACAGUUCUUCAAGUGCAAGUUACAUCUCCUUUAACUCACAAUAUUUCUGGUACAGCCAAAUCAUGUUUUCAAACAAUAUUAGCUUCAUUUUGGUACAAUCAGUGGAAAUCUACUACGUGGUGGUUCUCCAAUGUUAUUGUUCUGGGAGGAAGUGCUGCGUAUACAUAUGUGAAAAACAGAGAAAUGGAUAAAAAAUACCGACAAACAACCUACAGCCGUUGUUAAUUUUUCCAAUUUAAUUAAUUUUUAUAAUAUUUGGAAACUUUGAAUUUUUACCAGUAUUUAUAUUUAUUUUUUUUAACAUAUUUUUGUUUUUAUUUUAUUAAUGCAUUAUACGAGUAAUUACUUAAACUA